CUUUUGAAUCUGUCCGCAUAAGUUGGCCAAAAGAAAAUAAUUUUAGUUGGUGAUUCUGGUUAAUGAAAGUUAUGGUUAAUAAUCAAUUUAUUGAUUAAUAAUUGAUAUUUAUAAUAAUAUCGAUAAUAGUGAUGAUUUAUUUUAUUUUUUUAAGUGAUAUUCUGAAAGAAAACUGAAUAAAUAUCGUUGUCUUGUAAUACUUUUAUUCCCAUAUCUUACUAAAGAUUUGACACGUUCUACAAGAUUACAAAAUGGCUGUUCUAAACAAUAAUGAAUUUUUCAUGUACAAUAUUUUAAUUGUUUUUGUGUGUAGUUUAUUUUGAAAAUAUACAUUUCUACAUCUUAAUUUUUAUUUUUGAGUUAUCAAUAUAGUGAGAGAAUUUUUUAAUAGUACGUGGUUGUGUUCGUUCGUGAAAUGGGUAAAAUUUUAGUUGUUACAAAUACUUUUUAUUGUUACACGUAUAAAAAACGUAUAACACUUUUAUUUAUACAUUUGUAUAAAUUUUAAACAUUUAAAUAGGAUUAAAUAAGUGUUUUUAUAAUUGAUGAAAUUUUAUAAUAAUUAGGACAGUAUCUUACUAGCACAUUCAUAUUUGGAAAUAUAUCGAAAAAUUGAUAUGCAGGAUCCUCCGGAUAACGGAUCAUUGUUUGCACUCGAACAUUUAAUGGACGAGUUUUUUAAUCCACACACCAGCAAUAGAAGAAAACACGAUAUAGAAAUUCAAUUGAAUUACUUCAAAUCACUGCCUCACCUAUGGAAAUACUCCAUUUAUUUUAUCACGAAUACAUCCAGUCAAUACGUUAAAAUGUUCGCCUUAUCAACUUUGGAGUCUGUGAUAAACCAACAGUGGUAUAACAUCGAUUGGUCAUCUAAAGAAGAAAUAAAAAACGUAUUGCAAAAUUUUUUAGUAGAAAACGGACAUUCUUCACCGCAUUUUUUCAGGACUAAAUACGCUAAAUUGCUAGUGGAUAUAGCGAAACAUGAUUGGCCUCUUAGAUAUCCGAAUUUUUUCGAUAACGUAUUAGAACUGUUGAAAUCGGAAGCUAGUCAAUUGAUGGGGUUGAUUCUAUUGAAAACUUGUAGUGAGGAAUUCAUGGGAAUUCAAGCGACUUUUACAGAUGGUACUAGGAAAGAUGAAGUUACAAGACUGUUACAACAAUACAUUCCCAUAGUUUUUCAGAUGUUGACGAAUAUAUUGGAAAAUCUAGGGUCUAAACCGCGACACACUUCCACUGCCACCCCGCCGCCUUCGCCCGCGCAUCCUUCGUCGUCCCCGACGUUAUCUCAACAUUUGGUGACAUCGGCCUUCAGACCCGAUACGAAAAUGUUGACCAAACAAGCCCUAGAAACAGUACAACACUUAUUUACUUGGGCCCCCAUUCAGAGGAUUCCUUCGCAAAUUAUAUGCGCCAUUUUUAGUUUUACUAACGUUUCCUCGUAUUCACAGGACGACGAUGAUAUGUGCGUUCUUGCCUUGUCGACGAUUAACGAACUUCUUUAUAGAAAAUGCACACCGCCUCAUACCCAACCCUUUUAUUUUCAACUUUAUCAUCAAAUCGAAGAUUUGUUGAAAGAUAUCACGAGUUCGUCCAAUAGAAUCGAUUCACUUGAUCCCAUUUUCAUGGAAAAACUGUCGGAAUUGUUGGUAUUACUUAUCGAACAUCACCUUUGGAAACUAGAAUCCGAACCGGGUUUCACUGCAUUGGGGUUUUUAUCACCCUUAUUUCAACUCACCAUGCAAUUACCAACAGUUCGAUGUUAUUUAUGCUGUACGACAGUUUGGGUUAGUUUCGUCAAACAACUAAAACCGGAAAACGCGAAAAAGUACUCGGAUGUGUUUGUAACUUUGGUAACAGCUCUUUUGAAAAAAAUCCAAUUCACUUGUAACUUUUCUCAACUCAAUUGUAUCAACGAAGUGGAUUUAGACGAGGAUGACGAGACCGAAUGGCAAAUAUUUUUGAAAACAACCAUAGAAGUCAUUGCUGUUAUCGCCGAAUACGCCCCGGACGAAACCUUUGGAUUAGUGCUUUCGCCUUGGAUAGUUUGUUUUGAUAUGUUCCGAAGUUUAGAUGCGUCUCUGGGUUAUCAAAAUCAUUGUUUGAAAUUGGAAUUAUCGGAAAGUGGAAGACUUUGUUAUGUUUUUAAAGAUUUUUCUUCACUCACCCAAAUGCUUACCAGGUUAUCAUCAAUUUACGUAGAUCAAAAUGGUAACGAAGCUGUUAUAACGGUAAUGAAUAGCGUAUUGGAAAAAAUAUUAGAAAGUGCCUCUUUAGCUAAUAAACCGAAAUUUAACGAACUAAUAUUAAGAGAAAACGAUUCAAAAUUAUCAACAAAUUUUAUCGAACUAAACAGUCAACUUUUAUCGGCCAUAAAAACAUUAUUAACACAUUUUACGCAUAAAAAUUUAAAUAACCACAUCGUGAAGACGGUCCUGGACAUCACGCUACCCGUAUUGAGAGACAUCGGCAACACCGCCGACGGUAAAGUCCGCCAUUCCGCCGCUCUUCUUCUACUCACUUUAACCGAUCUAAUGUUCCCGCCGAAUUUGAUAAUAAUACCGGGGGUAGUUCAAUUCAUACACGCCGCGCCAAAUCUGAAAUUUCUCGAUAAACAGACAAACUGUAUAGUGAACAACGCCGUCAGUAAUAUGUUGUUGAAACCUUGGGGGGAACUGAACCAAGAAGAUUCGACUCAGAGGAAUCAUUUCGUGGGAGCCUUCUUUGAACACCUAACCAAAGAUUUCAGAGAACUCGCUUCGGACGCUAGAGAGGAUCGUAUACAGGGUGUCGUCGAAAGCGUCUUACCCAGUUUAUCUGUGAUAAUACAAAGUUGUAGACAUUUUCCUAUAUCAUCUAAAAAACUUGUAACGAUUGCCUUAAAACCAACCAUACAACAUGGAUUGUUUAUGUUCCCAUCGUUAGUUAGGUGCAAGGAAAUCAGUAAUCAUGUGUUGACUUUUUUUCUCGACGUGAUGGGUGUGUUGCAACAACAAUUGGGAGUCGACGAAAUCAAAAGUGCCGUACAGGUUUUUAUGCAGGCGACUAUGAACGAAAGACAAGCCAGUUCGUUGUGCGGCUUGGACAAACUCCUGCAAAUAUUACAAUUAGUAGUAGAAGCCCCCGGUAGUAAUCACAAAAUUUUUCUACCGGGUAUACUUCAAUUAUGUAUGGAAACCAUUUACCCUUCGGUCGUUUCCCACGGCGGCGACGUCUUCGUCGCCCUAUUAACUUUAUUGUACAGUAUUCUACUUCACCGUUGGCAGUAUUUCUACGUAUCGCAAGUGAGGUUAGGUUAUUCGCCGGGCUGCAGCGAUUCGGAUCCUGGCGCCGAACGACCCCAACAACCCGAACAAUUGUUGGCGGUGUUACAAGUUUUCGGUCAGGCGUUGUUGCAACAUGACAUUAACAUUUUCCGUAUAAGUUUGGCGGCGUUGGAGGAUCUCAAUUCGAAAUGGAAAUUGUACCAUAAGAUGUUGUUUCGUUGUCGUCUUCUUUCCGAAUUUCUUUCUGUCCUUUUGAAUUGUCUGUUGGAUAAAUCUCAGAGCUCUCUGUCGGAGGAUAUACAAAUGGCGGUUUACAAUAUGGCGGCCGUUAAUUUUGAGGAAUUCUGUACUUUCCUCGGAAAAUUCGUGGAGGGCGUUGAUGGAGUGUCGCAUCAACAACGGGAGGUUUUGUUGAGGAAUUUUCAGCAUAAUCACGAUACCGAUAUGCCGACAUUUGUACAUAAUUUACAAAAUUUUAUAACCGAGGCUCGACAUUAUAGAAUUUGUAAUAUUAGUCGUUGAGACUUAUUUUUUUUUUCAAUUUAUUUAAUUGUGAUAGUUUAAAAUAGUCGUUCCACUCCACUUAUUUAAUACGAACUCUUCGGGAUAUACCGCGAUUAAUUCUAAAUUGAAAAAAAUUUUUUUUUUUCGUCACUUCUUUGUAUAGAGACUGUUUGUAUAUGUAAUUUUGAUACGAAUGCUCAACUUACGAAAGUAAUUUGUAAUUUAUUAAGUUAAUAAAUGAAAUUUUUAUAAUUA